AUGCUAAAGGUCACCUCCAUCGUCCGAGCCUAUGACAGUUUGUCAUUGGUCACCCCCGCUGUUGCCAGCCCGUCCGACUUGGACAUUCUGCGCAACUUCACCCGCAAAAGCCUCCCAACGGGUACUCCGUUCGAGGUUGCCCUCCCGUCGUCGACAUCUUUUAUAAAGAUACUCGAUGUUCCUUACUUUGAUCCAAAAGGGUUAAAGAUCACCCAGGAGGCGCUCGAGAAGGCCCUCUGCACCUCGGUUCACGCUGAGGUCUUCGCAUAUCUGAGCACCAAGCCUCGGAUCGACCGCAACUCGGCGCACUCGACAUCGUGCACCGUAUACUGCAACAUCUGGGAUUCCCAGCAAGGAACCCAUGCCAAGAAGGCUUUAGGCCAACCGAUCUUCCUCGCUGGGCGAUCCUGUGCAAUCAGGCCUGCCGCGCGUCACACCGGGGUCCCGCUAUGCCAGCGCUGCUGGACAACUCAGCAUGUGGGAUGUUGCAAGGGCAACGCGAAAGCAAAACCCCCUGUGCCGCCCACCCCUCGCAACCAGCCCUGCCCCCAUAACGGCCGCUGUGUCAAUUGCCACAAGGACCCCGCUGCCAACUCAGCAUCGUGCAAGUUCUGGGCCCAUCGCUACAACCGUGAGUGGAUCAUGGCUGAGUAUUGUCAGAACGUUCACCAUACCUAUGCCCACAUCGAUACACUUCUCGAAAUUUGUAAAACCAAAUUUGAUAUUCUAUUUUUCCAAGAAACCCCUUGGAAUUUCAUAAGGCAUGCACCAUCCACCACUACUAUGGAGGGCGAUGAGGUUAUCGGCGCACCAAAGCAUCCUGAUUGGCUGCAAAUGGUGCGCAUCAAGGAAGGGGAAGUUCGCCAUGUGAUUGCCUAUGUUUCGACUAGGCUAUCCCGCUAUCGUCCUGCUAUGCGCCGUGACAUUGUCGACCAUCGCGACAUCCUCGUCCUCUCCCUCUUUAGUGGGGGUGAGGUUCUUAACUUAAUGAACAUCUAUUCUGACAAUCAACACACAGCCAUUGAGCACCUCACUGCUCAUGUGCAUUCUCUACCACCUUUCAUCUAUAUGGCUGGUGACUUCAACUGCGUGUCGAUGACUUGGGAUGACUAUGAGCAUGGCGAGUCGUCAACAGCAAUAUCCUUGCGGGAUACCGCAUCUCAGAUCGGCCUCGAGUGGGCACGACCUUCUAACCAUGGACCGACGAGAAUCAGUCCUAAUCCAAACCAGAGAUCCAAUGUGUUGGAUCUUCUUGCCCAUUCAACCGAGUCCAAACCUACCAAGCGCUCCAAGUCCUGGUGGACGGACAAGUGCUUGGAGACAUUUGGAGUAUAUCAGUUGAGCCAUUCGCUCGCUGACUACAACAAGUUUAAGAAGGCGUGUAAAGAUGCCAAGCGUGAUUUCUUCGAUGAACACAUCGCAGAGAUCGCAACCUCUCGCAAGCGCCCAUGGGACCUGAUGGAGUGGGUCAAACAGCGCAAGCUACCACCCUGUGAGGCUAUUUGCAAUGGCGAUCAGCCUUGCCAUGAUAUGGACGACCUCUGGGACGCCCUGCACGGCACGUACAACUCGGCCUCGGGUCGUGAGUACGACACUUCAGUAUUAGACGAGCUUCCCGACGAGCUGGUCCGUGAGUGGGCUGACUUCUCGGAGCAUGAGUUGUUGAGUGCCCUCAAGGGGUGCUCCAACUCCUCUGCACCAGGACCAGACCAUGUUACAUGGGUCCACCUAAAGGAGCUGCUCAAGGAUAAACACGUCCUUGCACUCUUUUUGGUGCUCGAUGGCAGCCCGCUCGCUAUCUACAAACACGUACACUACACGGCCUGGGUACUAAGUGAACUACUAAAAGACGUCCACCCCCCCAACCACGAGCCUUAUGGCUCAAACGCCUAA